GAAGAUUUAAAUCAAACUUGGAACCCCACUGAUUUUUGUACCCAUCACAUGACCAUAACCACCCAUUUUCUCUCUCUUGCAGCAUUUCUCUCAUGGGCGCAGAAAAGUACAGAAAGAAUGGACAAAUUCCGGCUUUUGGUGACUGGGAAAAUGCCAAUGAGCUGCCCAUAACCCAGUAUUUCGACUGCGCUCGGCAGGCUGGCUUGCUCCGCUGCAGCUGCUCAGCUGAUUGCAGCCGCGUCAGUGACAAUGCUCCUCCACUUCUUACCGUUCCUCACGGCAAGGCAACAGGAGGAGUGAACAAGCAAUCAAAUGAUCAGCAAAUGAAGAAAGUUAAGCAAGGUGAGUUAAUGAUUGAACCAAGAAAUCAGCAUUUUGCUCACUCAAAACAGGAAAAAUCCUCAGUUUCUGCUAAACCUGUGGAUGAAGAUCUCUAUAAGAUCCCUCCCGAGCUACUUGUAAAUUCCAAACGAAAAAAAAUGAUGGGGUUCUUCUUCAAAUGCAUGGUACCUCCUUGUGCAGAAUGACUUGAGCUCAAGUAAUUUUUAUUGAAUGGAGAAAUUUAGACUCAGCUACAAAAAGGUCGUCUCGUCUCGUCUCUACAGUUUUCAUAGAAUGACUGAGUAUGUAAGAUUAUCAAAAGAAUUUACAAUCACAUUUCAUUCAUCAUUGUAUUUUGGUACCACAAAUUUAGCUAAGUAAAUUGUGCAAAGGCGGGGCCAAUGUAGGUAAAGUGGCCUUUCUAGGUUGAGUUACCAUUUAUGAGAAAUUGGUCCACAAUUGUCAUUUGUCAA